AUGGGCCAAGGUGCAUCAACCUACGGAAAGGACAAGAAAAAGAAGGACAAACAGAAGCCCAAGUAUGAACCUUCUGUGCAAUCGAAAAUCGGACGCAAAAGAAGAAAGGGUCCUGCCACCGCUGAAAAACUCCCAAAUGUCUAUCCCAGCACUCGUUGCAGGUUGAAAUUACUGCGAAUGGAGAGAAUCAAGGAUCAUUUACUUCUCGAGGAAGAGUUCGUCACGAAUUCCGAGAUCUUGAAACCCUUCGAAAAGAAGCAGGAGGAGGAGAAGAAGCAACUGGAAGAAAUUCGCGGCACGCCGCUAUCAGUUGGAACUCUCGAAGAGAUUAUCGACGAUGACCACGCUAUCGUCACGAGCCCCACAACGCCAGACUUCUACGUCUCGAUCUUGUCGUUUGUCGAUAAAGAGCUUCUAGAGCCCGGCUGCUCCGUUUUACUGCAUCACAAAACCAUGUCGAUUGUUGGUGUUCUGCAAGAUGACACAGAUCCAAUGGUGUCGGUCAUGAAAAUAAACAAAUCGCCAACAGAGAACUACAGUGACAUUGGUGGUUUGGAGUCCCAAAUUCAAGAAAUCAAAGAGGCAGUUGAGCUUCCUCUAACACACCCAGAACUGUAUGAAGAAAUGGGUAUCAAACCACCCAAGGGUGUGAUUUUAUAUGGUGCCCCGGGAACAGGGAAAACAUUGUUGGCAAAAGCCGUGGCUAACCAGACCUCGGCAACUUUUCUAAGAAUUGUGGGCUCUGAGUUGAUACAGAAAUACCUCGGUGACGGCCCCAGACUAUGUCGACAAAUCUUCAAAGCAGCUGCAGAGAACGCCCCCAGUAUUGUAUUCAUAGAUGAAAUCGACGCUAUAGGUACCAAGCGUUAUGAAUCGAAUAGCGGAGGUGAGAGAGAAAUUCAAAGAACCAUGUUGGAAUUACUGAACCAGCUGGAUGGUUUCGACGACAGGGGUGACGUGAAGGUUGUCAUGGCAACCAAUAAGAUUGAGAGCUUAGAUCCCGCUUUGAUCAGACCUGGAAGAAUCGAUAGAAAGAUUUUGUUUGAAAAUCCUGAUAUCUCGACGAAACGAAAGAUCUUGUCGAUCCACACCUCCAAGAUGAAUUUGGCUCCUGAUGUGGAUCUCGAGAACCUCGUCACUUCUAAAGACGAUCUUUCCGGUGCGGACAUUAAAGCCAUGUGCACAGAGGCAGGGCUACUAGCACUGCGGGAGAGAAGAAUGCAGGUUACUGCUGAAGACUUCAAACAGGCCAAAGAACGUAUCUUGAAAAACAAGGUCGAGGAAAAUCUGGAAAGUCUGUAUUUGUAG